AUGGACGCACGGAUGAGGCUGAUAAUCCAGGCAGCAACACUGAUUAGUGUGAUUCAGGCAUGGGUCAUGUUCAUGCACCAGAGAGUUGUUCGUCGUGCUGGGAGACCUUUGAUCCGCUAUGGUCCAUUGUUUCCCCAGGAACAGGAGAGGAUCCAAAAUCUGAACUACAUCUACAACUGCAAUGACGUCGAGGCUCUAUGGAUGCUUCGAAUGAAAAGAGCACCAUUUGUCGGGCUUGUCGAGACCUUCAGGAGCAGGGGGUUGCUACAAGAUAGCAUCAACACCAGUGUCGAAGAGCAUGUGGCCAUGUUCCUCCAUGUUGUUGGCCAUAACCAGAGGUUCAGGGUCAUUCACAACACGUUCAGAAGAUCAAUGGAGACCAUCUCUAGGUACUUCAAGCAAGAUUGCAUUGGGGCAAUAGAUGGUACUCAUGUCACCGCCAGAGUUACUAGGUCACAGUCUGCAGCAUACAUGGGGAGGAAGCACUACGCAAGCCAGAAUGUGCUUGCUGCUGUUGACUUUGAUCUAAAGUUCACAUAUGUGUUGGCUGGCUGUGAGGGGUCAUCACAUGAUGCUAACAUUCUCACUGAUAGCAUGAGUCGACCUGAUGGGAUCAACAUCCCUGAUGGCAAGUUCUACCUUGGAGAUGUUGGCUAUGCAUGUCUGCCGGGUAUUCUUCCACCCUUCAGAAAAACCAGGUACCAUCUCAACAAGUUCUCUGGUAGGAACUAUCCUAGGACUGCACAUGAGCUGUUUAAUUUCAGACACUCCAGCCUUAGGGUAACUGUUGAGAGGGCAUUUGGAGCUCUGAAGAAUAGGUUUAAGAUCCUGGAUCAGAAGCCAUUCCACCCAUACUCCACUCAGAUUAAGCUAGUUCUUGCUUGUUGCAUUCUGCAUAACUGGAUCCUCCAGUGGGGCUUUGAUGAACACGUGCCUGUGGAGGAAGAGGUCGAUCCUGGCGAUGUUGUUAGCUUCGGCCAUGGUGUGGAGGCAUUUGACAAUUACGCUUGGAAGAAUAAAAGGUUGGAGUGGGCAGAGGCGGUGUGGCUUAACAGAGAGCAGUUGGUGGUGUAUCCCCAAACAAAAUCAGAGGAUGGAGAGCCUUGUGUAGCGGCGGACGUCCGAUUCACUUCGGCGCACGCGGCGACGCACGCGUUCGCGUACUGGGAUGGCUGCUGCAUCUACUACCGGUGUUGCCGCCUGCAGAUGUGGUGCGCUACACUCGACAUGUUGCCGGCCCCAGCGUCUGCUUCACCCACCGUCGUCAAGGACAACAGUGACACUGUCGUCGACCUCAACAACUCCACCACGGCCAUCUCUAGUCAUGACGGCAAGUCCGUCGGGUCCGUCAACAUCCCUGUGGCAGCCAGCACCAGCACACCGCCUCAUGUCCAUGAUACAUCGCCCAAGUCUUCCCUGAACAGGGACUACUGUGUCCCCGUCGCGGGCACGGACGAGUACACAUUGGUGGCGGCAAUUCCAGAAGUCGUCACCGAGCACGCCGUCUUGCCCGGCGUCCCCACCACCACCAAGGCCCAGGAGGUCCUCGAAGUCAUCCACGGGGCACCCCCUGCCUGCAUCACGAUGGCGCACAUCAGCUGUUCGACGGAUGGCUCGAACCAAGUUAUCGCCACCAACAGCGUCAACAAGGUCACCGCCAAUCUCCUCAAGCCCGCGGUCGACCUCAACGACAAUGAGGUUGAGCAGCUCGCAGCUGUAUGA